AUGGACCAAGAAACUGCGAAGAAGCUUCUUGUUGAAGGAGGAACAUUCGUGUUCCUGGGUGUACCUGAAGAAACGCAAUUUGGUAUUGACAUGCAAUGUUGGAAUACUGAGGAAGAUUUUCGUGGAAUAAAAAUGAUUCCACCCGGGUUACACUAUAUACAUUAUUCUGCUGUUAGUAAAGGCACUGGAGACGUCUCACCCAGGUCGGGAUUCAUGCAAUACUUCCACAAAAAAGACUUCAUUGUUAAGAUGUGGGAUAAAAAAUCAGAAGAUAUAAGCAAAGAAGAAAUCAGUGAAGAAAGUAUUCAGCGACUCAAAGAUAACUUGCUUAAUUUAGACAGACAUCUUGCACCAUAUCCUUAUGAAAUAUGGCAGAAAUGGAGGCUUUUGUGUUCUCAAAUUACAGCGGAACUAGCUGCAAAGCUUUCACCAGAAAGUGGUUUAAUCAGAGCUUCAGUAGAGCUGCUUUCUAUGACUGAUGCAGAAAGACCAAGAGGAAAAAAGUCUACUGAAGGUUCUAUGGGAGGAGAAGAUUCUGAAGAAAUUCCUACAAAAGAAGAGGAUGCAGGUGAAGAAUCUACAAGUGGACAGUCAGAUGCUAAACGAGCAAAGAGAAUUACAAGAGAAGAAAAAGAAGAUGCCAUGCUACCAGUAUUAAAACCGGCUCCAGGUACAGCUAUGAGGUUUACAGAAAUUCCGCGUGACAAAUUUCCCCCUGGUUCAACACCAGAAGAAAUAACAAAGCAUUACCUGGACCAGUCCUACACUUUGGAGUUGAUGAUUGCACAGCAUGAUGAACCCCUUCACAUCAUAGGAGAGUUGCAAUUCGCGUAUUUAUGCUUCCUCAUUGGGCAUUCCUUGGAAGCAUUUGAACACUGGAAGAAUCUUGUAAUAUUGCUAUGUUCGUGCGACGACGCCAUUCAUAAAUAUAGAAGCGUUUUCUUCCAUUUCAUCAGAACCAUUGAAAUUCAGAUUGAGGAGAUGCCGGAGGAGUUUCUUGCAGAUAUAGUCAUGAAUAAAAACUUAGUUUACAAGAAGCUGCGUGAAUUCUUUCGUACUGCAUACGUAAGCAAGGUUGAUGGGAGAUUGUUAACAAUGAUUGAGAGAUUUAAAGAGAAUUUGACAGAGAAACUUCAGUGGGAUUUCACAGGUUUAGAUGCAGAUGAAGAGGAUGAAAGACCAGUUAUUAGAUCCAGACGUAAUCUCCCAUCAUACGCACCGCCAAAUACUAGCAUUGAUGAUUCAUUUGAUAUAAUUGAUAAUGAGAAACAUAGGGAUGAAACAUAUCUACCGUCUACGGACGACGAUACUGCAAAUAGUUCAAAUUUAAAUAACGACUUGACGGAUACUCUGAUGGAUGAUAUAACGAAUGAUGCUGAUGACUCGGAUUCGAACUAUAACGAAACAUGCUUGCCAGAUCAAAGACCAAUGACUGACAUCGAGACACCGCGGAAUACUUUGUUGUCAGAUUCAGUUGCAACUUCUAGUCCUCCUCUGCUAGAUGCUGACAGCAACGUUAUUAUCGAAGCGAACGCAAACAUUCUGGCUGAUAACAGUAAUAAUUCAGUUAUCCGAAAUUCUGAUUAUUUAAAUGUGUUGGAACAACCUCAGAACCCAAUGCAUAGUGAAAGUGGUCAAUCGUGUCUUACUAUAACUAACCAGUCCUUAUCAAACGUAUUGGAACAAUCUCCGUACCAAAUGCAUGUAACACUAAGUAAUCCUAAUGAAUGUAAUCUCACAAAAAAUCACACAAUAACAAGCCAAUCAUUAUCACAAGACCAUACCACUCAGAUACAAGACUCAGUACCUACUACGUCAGGUGGCGCUUCCAAUGAUGGCAUUCCUAAUUUUUCUAAUGACAAUAGCUCUGAGUUUGACGACUCUGACAAAGAUCCAACGUACAUUUCUGCAUUCGAGAAAUCCUCCAGUAUCACAAGUUAUACUGAAGAAACGGAAGAAGUAUUGAAUAAGACACAUCAAAAUCAGCAAUUGUGUCUUAGACGUCGUAGCUUAGGGGAACCCCAGGAUUUGACAAGUUGCCAAAAGACGAAAGAGUUGAAAAGAACCAGAGCCAGGGAUUAUUGUUUUUUUUGUGAGGUCGAUGUGCUAAAUUUUGCGAGACAUCUAUUGCGGAAUCAUUGUACGGAACCCGAAGUACAAAAUAUUAUCUCUCAUCCUACGAAAAGUUGCGUACGCAAAAACCUAAUAACCAACUUACGCAAAAGAGGAAACUAUAUUCGGAAUGUUAUAAAAUGUGUUAAACCUAUGAAAAAGAGUAAUGUUUAUCCACACAUCGAUUACUUACCAUGUGAAAAAUGUUUAGGCUUCUACUCUAUGAAACAAUUGUGGAAACAUAAGAAGACAUGUCAACCGUUAUCCGAUACCGCCAACACUGAAGUUCAGUCUCAAAAUUUUAUGUUACGCAACCUAAAUAUUGACAAAAAACUUAAAGAUGAGGUAUUUCCAAAAAUGAGACCUGACAAAAUAUCACUAGAAGCUAAAAGAGACACGUUAAUCUUUGCGUUUGGAGCCCAAUAUUUAAGGAUUGGAAAAAUGAGAGAAUUGGCUAAAUUGUUACUAGAAUUGAAGACGCUGAAACCGUCACUUAAAAAUUUGAUGGAUUGUUUGAAACCUCAAAACUAUGAUCUAAUUGUUACUGCAACUAAAAAAGUAUCAAGUUACAAUUGUAAAACAGAUCGCUAUGGUGCUCCAACAUAUGCCAUGAACAUCAGCACUAGCCUAAAACAGUGUUGCAACAUAGCCAUAAUGACUACAUUAAAAUCAGGCAGCAGUGUGGAAACUGCUGCAGUAGAGGCUGAUCUAAAGACGCUAAUUCAUCUCAUCAAGACUAAUUGGAAGUUUGAUGUUUCAAGCCAGGCCUGCAAUGACUUAAACUUAAAAAAAUGGAAUAAAAUUACAAUUGUUCCUCUUGCGAAAGACUUAAAACUCCUUAAAAAUUAUCUUUGCGAAAAAUCUAAGUCUGCAGCAUCUAAGUUAAUAGAAUCCGAAACUAGCAAUAUUGAAGCGUACAACACUCUAACAGAGACAGUUUACUGCCGCGUUCUUCUUCUCAACAGACGUCGGCCUGGUGAACUGCAACGUCUCCCACUCAGCAUCUACCAAGAGAGCAGCAAUGACAAAAGCGCAUAUGAGGAAUUUGACCGAGCUAUUUCAAGUGCGGAAAAAGUGUUGGUAAAUAGUUUUAAGCGUAUUGUUAUACGGGGUAAAAGAGGUCGAGGUGUGCCCGUUCUGUUGACUGACGAAGUCCAAAGUGACAUCAAUUUGCUUAUCUCUGUGAGACGUAAUUACAUAUGUGAAAAAAACGACUUUUUGUUUGCAAAACCCGGAUCUGAAAGUACAUUAUGUGGUUAUAAGGUCUUGAAAAAGUAUGCCACUGCAAGUGGAGCUCGAAAUCCUGCAGCUAUUACUACGACUAAGCUACGCAAACAUUUGGCUACGUUGACUCAGAUGUUUAACCUUAAAGAAUCAGACAUUGAACAACUAGCUAACUUUAUGGGGCACACACAGGCUGUCCACAGACAAAACUAUAGAUUACCCGAUGACGUGUAUCAGACGGCCAAACUAUCAAAACUACUGCUGCUCAUGGAGAGUGGCAAAGCAGACUCUUAUAGAGGCAAAUGUUUGGAUGACAUAAACUUAGAUUUAGAACAAGAUUUACUAGAAAACGCACAGGGCCACGAUAAUUACGACAGUGAUGAAUUAAUAGAUUACGAUGCUGCAUUACCAACUGAAAAAUCAAAAGAAACGGAGUUCACAGACGAUAACCCUGUCCUUACUCCGCAGUCAACUCUACUUAGCGAUGCUACCAAUGCUACACAUAUUAAAACAAAGAAAAAACGAAACCUUGUUCCUUGGACCACAGAACAGAAAAGUAUAGUUAAAAAGUUUUUUAGCAAACAUAUUAAAAAUAAACAACCGCCAAAACGCCAUGAGUGCGAGGAACUUCGUAGUCAACAUACUGAAAUUCUGCACAACAAAGACUGGUUAAAAAUAAAAGUCUUCGUCCAAAAUGCCUAUACAAACAACAAAUAG